AUGAGGCAGCAGAGGUUGUGCAAAAAGUGCUUACGAAAGCACUUCGGUGCUUGCAAUGUGAAAGUUGCGUGCGGAAAGAACGGAUGCUCAUACAUGCACAAUCAACUUUUGCAUGACGAUAAAGGGUAUGGCAAGUCCGCCCCGCCACAAUCAAUGACAUCCACUAAUGAAAAUUCAACGACGGAAACCUGCAACACCCAUUCCAAUACGGUGGCAAAAAUUCUAUUUCGUUAUGUGCCAAUUACUAUCUACGGCAAGGGCAAAAAACUAAGUACCUUCGCAUUCUUAGACGACGGGUCUUCUGCAACGUUCAUGGAGCAUAGUUUGAUGAAAGAGCUUGGUCUGAAUGGAAAGUCUAAUCGAUUGUGCCUCAACUGGACGGGCGGGCAUCAACGGGAAGAAGAAGAAUCUGUUAUCCUCGCACUGAAGAUUUCCGGUGCGCACGACACUGGAGAAGUGUACGAACUUCCUGAAGUACAUACGGUCCAGAACCUUUUUCUUCCGAAACAGUCCGUAUCGAUAUCGCAGAUGGCCGCCAAGUACAGUUACUUGAAAGGACUACCACUGAGCUCCUAUGACAAUGUUUCUUCAAGGAUUCUCAUAGGCAUGAAUAACUGUAGGCUAGGUCACGCGCUCAGAAGCAUUGAAGGAGGCGACAACGAACCGUUUGUAGCCAAAACGCGUCUUGGCUGGAUGAUUUACGGACCGUGCGCUACAUCUGGUGCGUCCGAUGCCGAACAUGACAGCUAUCACAGUUUCCACAUAUGUCCCUGCAUCAAGGAAGAUGAGAACCUGAACGAAGCAUUGAAGGUAUACUUCUCUAUAGACUCCUUGGGAAUUGGGAGAUCACUUAAACAAUUGUUGUCUAAGGAUGAAGAGCGAGCGACAAAGAUUCUGUCUUCUAAAACGCGAUUGAUUGGCGACCACUACGAGACCGGGCUACUGUGGCGCUAUGACCAAGUGCAGUUGCCAAGCAAUAAGGUGAUGGCACUGAAGCGACUAUCCUGCUUGCAACGACGAUUGAAUCGAGAUCCACAGCUACAUUUGGCGAUGUGCACGAAGAUGGUUGACUACGAAAAGAAGGGAUACAUUCGACGUCUCUCUGCAGAAGAAAAGAAAGAAAAACAUUCGAACGAUUGGUAUCUUCCAAUUUUCCCGGUUACAAAUCAUAACAAGCCCGGGAAAAUACGUAUUGUUUUCGAUGCAGCAGCGAAGGUUAACGGUGUGUCGCUGAACACCUUUCUCCUUACGGGACCAGAUCAGCUAGUAUCGUUGCUUUCAGUCCUGUUUAAGUUCCGUGAGUAUCGAGUUGCAGUCGUAGGAGAUAUCAGGGAAAUGUUUUUCCAAAUCAAGAUGAGAAGCCAAGACCAGCGAAGCCAGAUGAUUUUGUGGAACGGCGGAAAUCCAGAAGACGAGCCAGAAACAUACGUGGUACAAGUGAUGACAUUUGGCGCGUCGGGUUCUCCGUGUUGUGCGCACUAUGUCAAGAACCAGAAUGCGGAAAGGUUCGUGGAACAGUAUCCGAGGGCGGUAGAUUGCAUUAAAAGCGAACACUAUGUAGACGAUAUGCUGUCUAGCGUAGAAACUGAAGAUGAAGCUGUGAAGUUGGCAACUGACGUUCGGUACAUCCAUUCCCAAGGAGGGUUCGAAAUACGAAACUGGCAGUCGAACUCUAACAACGUUGUUAGUCGUCUGCUGGAGAACAAAACCACAGACAUGAAUAUGAGUCUUUGCAAGGAGAUGGCCACGGAAAAGGUGCUCGGUAUGUGGUGGGAUACCGCAGCGGACACCUUCACAUUCAGAUUAUCACCGAAGCAUGACGCGGAGUUGCUUUCUGGCGUGAGAAUGCCUACGAAGCGAGAAGUUCUGAGGACAUUGAUGGCUAUCUAUGACCCCAUGGGGCUCAUAGCAAACUAUCUGAUCUACUUGAAGAUUCUUCUUCAGGACAUUUGGCGUUCUGGAUGCGGCUGGGAUGAUGAAAUCGCCGGAAGAUUGUCUGAGAAGUGGAUGACUUGGAUAAGAGUGUUGCCGAAUGUACGGCAAGUAAGUGUUCCACGAUGCUACCGCCGAAUCACAUCUGUCGAAGAAACCAACGUCGUGGAACUGCAUAUAUUUUGUGAUGCAAGCGAAAACGGGAUAGCUGCAGUCGCCUACUUCAAGUUCAAAGAGGAUGAGAAGAUUGAGUGCAGUUUGAUUAGUGCAAAAACUAAAGUGGCCCCUCUAAAAUUUCUUUCGAUCCCUCGCCUAGAGCUUCAAGCUGCUGUGGUAGGAGCACGUCUAGCGGAAUGCAUUGCCACUUCACACCGAAUGAAAAUUACACGGCGUGUUUUCUGGUCAGAUUCCCGUGAUGUGAUUUGCUGGCUCCGGUCGGAUCAUAGGCGAUAUAGCCAGUUUGUGGCCUUCAGGAUCAGUGAACUGCUGGAAACAACUCACGUAAGCGAGUGGAGAUGGCUUCCAACUAAGGAAAACGUAGCCGACGAUGGGACGAAGUGGGCACGACUACCAAACUUCCAGCCUGGCAGUCGUUGGUUUCGCGGGCCGGACUUUUUAUGGGAAGAUGAGGGCAGUUGGCCAGGAACUAGUGGAGAUCAAGGGACGACAAAAGAAGAGAUGCGUACGACUGUCUCGCAUCACACAAUCAGCGAAACGUUCCUGACAUUCGAUCGAUUCUCCAAAUGGAAGAGACUGAUGAGGACUGUGGCAUAUGUGCAUCGCUUUGUGGGUAAUCUUCGUAGGCGUAUUAAACGAGAAGUAGCAGAGCUUGGCCCUCUAACCCAGGAAGAACUAAGUUGUGCUGAGAACUUCAUUUUCCAGCAAGUUCAGCAACAAGCGUACCCGGAUGAACUCCAAAUGCUCCACAACAACAGUCCACGUAUGCAGCCUUGGCAUAGGAACUUGCCGAAAUCCAGCCCACUUUACAAGCUCAGCCCAAUCGUUGAUAAGCACGGCGUGCUGCGAGUGCAAGGGCGAAUUGGUAAAUGUUCCUGGGUUGACGAGUAUACCAAGAAUCCCAUCAUACUUCCUAGGAACAACUAUGUGUCCAGUUUGAUGAUCGCCGAUUACCACGCCAAAUACCAUCACCAGAACCACCAAACAACGAUGAACGAAAUUCGUCUGAAAUUCUACAUUCCUCGUCUGCGUGCAGAGUACGAACGGGUUCGCAAAAAUUGCCAGUACUGUAAAAUUCAACGUGCUAAUCCCCAACCACCCGCAAUGGGGAAUCUCCCACAAGCUCGAUUAGCGGCAUUUCUGCGGCCCUUCUCUUAUACCGGAGUGGAUUAUUUCGGCCCGAUGUCCGUCACAGUAGGUAGGAGAGUCGAAAAAAGGUGGGGAGUUCUGCUAACCUGCAUGACAACCAGAGGCGUACACAUCGAGAUCGCUCAUUCGCUGACGACAAACUCUUGCAUAUUGGCACUGCGCAACUUUAUUGCCAGAAGAGGCUCACCGCUAGAAAUCAUAAGUGACCGUGGAACAAACUUCAUUGGAGCCUCCCGCGAGCUAACAGAAGCCAUGAGAUACCUUGACCAGAAGAAGCUAAUGCUCGAAUUCGUUGGACCGAACACUAAAUGGACGUUUAAUCCACCUGCCGCUCCUCACUUUGGCGGAUGCUGGGAGCGUUUGAUCCAAUCCGUGAAGAAAGUCAUGAAAACUUUAGCACUCCCCGUCUACCCACCGACGAAAUCCCUCGUUCCGUGCUGA